CGGGAAAACAAAGUAGUAAGCGAAGAAAAGUAUCUGAUGACGAUCCGAUCGUUCUCUCUGACGUGAGCAGCGUCCUUUCUGGUGAGCUGACUUCGUCCGAUAGCGAAUCAUCGUCCUCCGCGCAAAGGAAGGCGUCCUUCCUUGGAGGGGAAAAACGAAGGAGAAAGCUGCUCAAGGAGAAACCUGCAAGCAAAAGCAGCAUAAGCAGACCACAAUUGACUAAAGGCAGUCUUGAAGGUGACUCAGACGAGAAGAGUGGAAGCGAAGACACAUCUUCAAGCGACAUUAAUAGCGAUGAAGAUUCUAAGUCUGAGAAAGAGGAUGGAGUAGAGGCUUCUCACGCUUCCAUGUCAGAUGCGGAAAUCGCUGAUCGCAGACUUCUUCGAGCCUUCGCCAAAGACGAUGAUGAUAUUGAGGUGGAGAUUGUGCUAUCUACUGCAUGGCGGCACUCGAGGGAUCGGACAGAGGUGUUGAAGAACGUCUUCAUGGAGGUGAACGGGUUCCCGUUGCCAUGGAUUGGCUCAACCGACAGACUGGAGGAUGACUUGAACCCUGCGACAGCACGAUGCUUUGAUUAUGCUUCUUUCAUAACUUGUUCAACACACUGUCUUUAUAAUUAGUCUUGAUUUUACUCGAAAACUGAAAAUAACCGAGUUACUGACUGAAAUAAGGUAGGCAGCUUUGACAGGGCUACUUGUCCUUGUUCAGUAUCUCGCUUAUUUUAUGUAGUUACUCGCUUAUUUCAGUUUAUCGAAUAGAUAGAAAAGAUGAUUAUUCCUUCUGUUUUCUUUUUUCGGUUUUUGUUUUUUCUAGUUAGAUAUGCUCCACCAACAUUAUAGAAAAGAUGAUUAUUCGUAGAACUCAAAGAAGAUUCAGGGAAGUCGUAGGUCCAAUCCGAACCGACUACCAUCAUCGUCAUCAUUUUAGAUAGAAAAGAUGAGGAGAAAUACGGGAAAAAGAUUCAUAAAAGCCAUCUGCGCGGUUGGCUCAGUGGUUUAGGCGUUGACCUGUACACUAAAAUCAAAGAUAAAGAAUGACGUCGAUUGUAAAAAAGCUACGCUGUUUCGAAGUAACUGGUUUUAGAAGAGUGCUUUCUUAAAUUCCAAGUUAGCUUGCGAAUUUUGUCUCUAAUUUUCGAUUCGAGCGUUUUUGGAGAUGCACUUUCCUCAGAACCAGACGCGGUGGAUCUGCAUCGACGACCUGCAACUCGAUAUCAAUCAAGCCGAUGGAGCUUCUUCGGAGUUCAACGAGGUGUCGGUGCCCAUCGAGAAGGAGAGGUUUGUAUGGACUCGAAGUGCUCAUGGUCUGACGCCAGAGCUGGCGAAACGCGCUGAGCGCCAGUUGCUGGACCAACCACCAUGGGUGCUCGAUGAAGAUGAGAUCCUUUACUGAUGAAACCGUAAAAAUUCAGGGGGAAGAUGUAUACUACUUAUACUAAUUCUGCCUGCUGUAAGAAACAUAUCCUAGUGGAACAAGAUAUCGCCCUAUUGUAAAAACCACACACUUCUACUGGAAGAUUCUUGAUGCGCCCCUUGGUGAUCCUCCUUUCCUCCUGCGCGAACAUUUACACACAUUCUUGCUGUAGUUUGACUCCACUUCGUCAUCGGAAUGGCGUAGUCACCCUUUUUCAACAGCCUCCCGUUCUGGGGAUCAGGGCAACAGCC